AUGCUAACAAUCGCUGCUUUUUUCUUCAGCCAGAGAGGUUCCGGCAGCGGCGAAACUCUUCCACCGGGAACAACCGGAUGGCCUAUUCUCGGAGAAAACGUGAAGUUUGCCUGGGAAGGCUCUGAAAAAUACGUAACAGAUCGAAUGAAGAAGUACUCUUCAGAUGUGUUUCAAACCUCAUUGAUGGGUGAAAAAAUGGUAAUCUUUUGUGGCCCACAAGGCAACAAAUUCCUCUUCACGAAUGCUAACAAGCUUCUCACUUCCUGGUGGCCUCAAUCCAUAAAAAAAGCUCUGCUUUUCCCUGAAUUUUAUGAAGAUUCAUUGAAGGAAGUAACAGCUGUAAUGUCUAGUUUCACGCAUUCCAUUCUCAAGCCUGAAGCUCUAAAACAGUACAUUCCUGUGAUGGAUUCCUUAGCUCGUCAGCAUAUUGAACAAGAAUGGGCUCCUAAUAAACAAGUCAAAGUUUUUCCCUUAUCUAAAAAAUACACAUUUGACUUGGCCUGCAAAUUGUUCAUGAACGUUGACGAUCCAGCUCACAUAAAAAGAUUGGCUGAUCCCUUUCGUCUUGUGACAAAUGGGAUGUUUUCGGUGCCAAUUGAUCUGCCGACGACAGCUUAUAAUGGUGCAAUUAAAGGUGGAAAAAUGGUAAGGGCUGAGCUUUUGAAGAUUAUUGGACACAGAAGAAAGGAGUUAACAAAGCAGAGCGAAACCGAAGGUGGUCAUCAAGACCUCUUGUCAAGGAUGCUUCUUGUGAAGGAUGAAGAAGGAAAUAUUUGCAGUGAUAAAGUGAUCUCAAACAACAUUAUUGGUCUGCUUGUUGCUAGCUUUGAGACUACUAGUAGUGCAGUUACCUUCGUUUUGAAACAUCUUGCAGAUUUUCCCCAUAUUUAUGACCAAGUUUACAAAGAAGUAAUGGCGACUGCAAAGACAAAAGGUCCUAAUGAGUUACUAACUUGGGAGGAUAUUGAAAAGAUGAAGUACUCUUGGAAUGUGGCGCGCGAAUCCAUACGGCUAACGCCACCUGCUCAAGGAGCCUUUCGAGAAACACUAACUGAUUUUACCUUUGCAAGUUUCAAGAUACCUAAAGGAUGGAAGACAUUUUGGAAUGUAUACACGACGCACAAAAAUCCCGAUUACUUUCCUGAACCUGAAAAGUUUGAUCCAUCAAGAUUUGAAGGAAGUGGACCGAAGCCGUAUACAUUUGUGCCUUUUGGAGGUGGACCUGGAAUGUGUCCUGGAAAAGAGUAUGCACGACUGGAAAUACUUGUUUUCAUGUACAAUGUGGUCAAAAGGCUCAAGUUGGAAAGAGUCAAUCCAAAUGAGAAGAUAACUUACCAUUCAUCGCCAACACCAAUGGAAGGGCUCCCCGUUCGUAUUAAGCUCCAUGAAAACAAUUAA